CACACAUUGCUUUUCCCCUCCUACAUAUAAGGAGCUCCACACUCUCUCAAAACUUAACCAAUUCAAAUCAUCUCUACUCAUCAUCAAUACAACAACCAACCUUAUUCUCAAUUCCUCAUUUUUGAUCCACAUUUUUACUAAUGGCUUCCAAUUCAGUCAGCACUUCCCGAAGCUCUAACUCUUCAUGGACACCUAAACAGGACAAGAAAUUCGAAAUGGCGUUGGCUACAUAUGACCAAGACACUCCUGACCGCUGGCAAAACGUGGCAAAAGCUGUUGGUGGAAAAUCAGCUGAGGAGGUAAAGCGACAUUACGAAUUGCUAAUCAGGGAUGUGAAUGACAUUGAGUCUGGACGCUAUCCACAACCUAGGUACCGUAACACAAAUUGAAGCCAUUAAUAACAUGACUUAAAUCAAGAAGAGGACAUUUGAGAGAAUCUAUGAAGAACUAAUUAAGAAUUCGAUGUAUUGCUUUUAUUGGCUUUGUUUAAUUUCAGUUUGGUUUUCGAUACUAUGUAAUAAUCUCUCUCAGUUCCAUCCUCAUUUAUAUAUUUUAGUCAAUUUGAGUUCAUAUA